AUGGUUAUCUUCAUCCCUCUCCCCUCAGAUGAGAUACUUGAUGACUUCGAAAAUUCCUUUCUCCAGCAAACCUAUUCUUUUUCUCCUGACCGAACCUUGAUUCGUGAGGCUCUUCAAUGCCCUAAUCAAUUUAAUACUCACGGCAAUUACAUUCUCGCCUUGGCCGGAGACGCAGUUCUUCGCCAAAUUCUUGUCGACCAGGGCCGAGACAAAGAGAAAUCUCCAGAGGAAAUCCAAGAAGUCGUCUCCGUGAUAGCCACCAACAAGAACCUUUAUCAGCAAGGUCUUGCCCUAGGGCUUGAUCCCUUCAUCGUCAAAAAUCCCAGCCAGCAGGGCUCCGUGGCUGGGAGAAUUGUUAUGGCUACUACCAUGGAAGCCAUCCUUGGUGCAGUCUACUAUGACUCCAGCAAGAACCUUGAGGCUUGCGAAAGGGUCAUGGCUGCCAUGGGCCUCUCCUUCCCCGAGUGA